GAGUAGGAUUGUUUCUGGUGGAGUGUGUGCUAAAAAAAUGGCUAGUGCCGGUGGUAAUGUAGUUUUGUCGAUGGUACUAGUAACCCUAAUGGCUCUAACACCUUCACCCACUAACUCUUGCCCUUCAUCUGAAUGGGCAGCACUCAUGGCCUUCAAGGCAGCCCUAAAGGAACCCUACUCGGGUUUCUUCCAUUCAUGGAGAGGCACCAACUGCUGCUACCACUGGCACGACAUCACCUGCGACCCCACCACGCGCCGCGUCGCCGGAAUCACCCUCCGCGGCGGCGAAUUCACCGUCACCGGCCACAUCUCCCCCUCCAUCUGCAACCUCACACACCUCUCCAGCAUCACCAUCUCCGACUGGAAGGGCAUUUCCGGAAACAUCCCUCCCUGCAUCACAACGCUCCGUUCUCUCCAACUCGUUGACCUCUCCGGCAACCUCAUCCACGGCCAAAUCCCCUCCGACAUAGGGCGCCUCACGCAGCUUACCGUGCUCAACCUCGCAGCCAAUCACAUCUCGGGGAGAAUCCCCACAUCGCUCGUCAACCUCUCCAACCUCAUGCAACUGGACCUGCGAAACAACGCCAUCCAGGGCCCAAUUCCAUGGGACCUGGGCCGCCUUAAGAGACUGAACCGGGCCUUGCUCAGUCAUAACCGCUUAACCGGCCCAAUCCCGCGGUCUGUUUCGGACAUCUACGGGCUGGCGGAGCUGGACCUGUCGCUGAACCGGUUGUCCGGUUCCAUUCCGAGGUCGCUGGGCCGGAUGGCGGUUCUGGACUCUCUGAAUUUGAAGUACAACAACCUAACGGGGAGGAUUCCGUGGAGAUUGUUGGGGUCGAGAAUGACCCAUUUGGAUGUGAGUAGAAACUGGUUGAGUGGGCGCAUAGCUGAUGCGUUUGGGGAGAAUUCGUAUUUCAUAAGCCUUGAUUUGUCGCGUAACAACUUGAUGGGCCGGGUUCCUAAGUCUUUGGUUUGGGCUACUUACAUUGGGUACUUGGAUUUCAGUCAUAACCGUCUCUGUGGGCGCUUGCCACGUGGCCUGCCCAUCAACCAUCUUCACCCGAGUGCGUUCGACCACAAUCCAUGCCUAUGCGGGAAGCCGCUAAAACCCUGUUCUCGCCUCUGAAUCCAAUGGGUUUGCGUAAAAUCAAAUACUAGUAUUACUAUUAUAUAUGUCUUCGCCUUAAAUUUGCAUGAUGUUGCUUUUCAUAUUAUCUUAAAGGCUUUAUACAGCUGUUUAUAAAGACAUUUUCAUCAGAAGAGAAUUUCUUCCGAGGGAAAAUAUAUUAUUUGGUGUCAAUCAAAAUUAUAUUAAUAUAGGGAGGUGUAUGAAUAUAAUAAAUAACAAUAUGAGAUGCAUUGAAGAGGUUUUGAGAUUAAUAGCAUCACGAUCUAUCCAAUUAUCAUCAGUAUCACUGUC